ACAGCACUGGUCGAAACUUGAGAGAGAACUCAGGAGCGAAAGAAGAGAGAAAACAGCGAUCAGAUAGAGAGAGACCUGUUUCACAGACAAUUCCAUGUCUUCGAUUCACUCCGUCCACUGAAAGCCGCCGACUUUUCUCCGACUGAUUUCACAGAUUUCCUGAUUCCAUGGGUGAGCAAACGCCAUCCCAGCCCCAGACGCAGCCGCAACCCCAACCUCCACAAUCCCAACUCCAACCGCAUGGUCCGCAACCACAGCCUAAGGCUGAUUCUGCUGCCACCACGCAGACGCAGACCCAAACCCAAUCCGACAACCUGAAGGCCGGCGUCGCGGCGGCGACCUCCACUGAACCGAGCAAUGUUACUCAUUCAACUACCUCCACUCUCUCAAAAAUCCCUCUACGACCUAGAAAAAUUCGGAAACUUUCCCCUAACGAAGCAGACCCAAAUUCCUCUCCACAAACGACGACCACGACUGCGAUCGUCGCGGUCGAACCACCCAAAAGUAGUUCGAAGGGUAGCAAGACCAAACUCACCCAGCAGCGGGCGGUGGCGCCGCGCAUCUUUGCCCGUUCGUUAUCAUGUGAAGGCGAGGUCGAGACUGCCAUCUGUCAUCUCCGAAACGUUGAUCCCCUCCUCGCUAAUCUCAUCGACACUUACCCUCCCCCUAGUUUCGAUACUUUCCACACCCCUUUUCUCGCCCUCACCCGCAGUAUUCUUUACCAGCAACUGGCCUUCAAAGCCGGCACUUCCAUCUACACCCGCUUCAUCUCCCUCUGUGGUGGCGAAUCCGGUGUCAUUCCUGAAACCGUCCUUUCCCUGACCCCCCAACAGCUCCGCCAAAUUGGGGUCUCUGGCCGCAAAGCCAGUUACCUUCACGAUCUAGCGAGAAAGUACCAGAAUGGGAUUUUGUCAGACUCUGCAAUUGUAAAUAUGGAUGAUAAGUCGCUAUUUACAAUGCUUACUAUGGUUAACGGGAUCGGUUCUUGGUCCGUCCAUAUGUUUAUGAUUUUCUCUUUGCACAGACCGGAUGUUUUGCCAAUUAAUGACCUUGGUGUUCGAAAAGGGGUGCAAUUUCUGUACAAUUUGGAGGAGUUGCCGAGGCCCUCACAGAUGGAGCAGUUGUGCGAGAAGUGGAGGCCAUAUAGGUCGGUCGCCUCAUGGUAUCUAUGGAGAUUUGUGGAGGCCAAGGGAGCUCCAUCAAGUGCUGCAGCAGUUGCAGCUGGCGCUAGUCUGCCUCCACCACAGCAGGAGGAACAACAGCAUCACCAACAACAGCCACAGCUUCUCGACCCCAUUAAUAGCAUUCUCAACAUUGGGGCCUGCAGUUGGGGACAUUGACAUGAAUCGGAAUCAGAAUCUUGAUUAUCAAUCGGUCAGCCUGAGCAAAAUGUACCUAAAAUCUAUGUCUCUGGAAGGUAUCUGCUUGAACUUUUUACCAUCAAGAGCAUUGCGAUCGAACACCUUUAAGAGCGUCUAGCAACUCCACUUUGAGAUUGAAUAAGUACUCUGUGCUCCAGUUCUUUUGUUUAGAACCCCAGUUUUAGUUAUCUGCUGUCUCACACAUGACAUUACAGAAUGCAAAUAGCUUCUAGAAUGUGGAUCUGCCUUCAGUUUUCAAAUUAAUUUAUGAGCUGCAUGUUUUUGUAAAUCUCAGUAACUUUUCAUAUGUUUGAACUUAGAACCUUCGCUUGUCAAUGAAUCUUGCACUUGUAUGGUGAAAAAAACCUGUUCAUGUACAAUAACUUGAACUUGAUUGAGAACUGAGCAUGGUCUCUCUCUUUUUUCUUUAAAAGUCUUUGUUUUGUAGUUUGAAUUGUAUUGAAUUAUAAAACAGGACAUUAUAG